UGAAUCAAGUUCAUCAUCAUCAUCAUCAUCAUCAUCAUCAUCGUCAUCAUCAUCGCAACAUUCAGAUUCUGAAUCAAGCGAUAUUGUAACAACUUCAUCGGAUAGUUCAGAUUUUCAACUUAUUUGUCCUAAUAAUUCACAAAAUUUUAAUUGGCCAUUGGAAACGAAACGCCAAAAUCAUCAACAGCAGCAACAACAACAGCAUAGAGUUUGUUUUAUGGAUCAAAUUGAUCAACAACAUUGUUCACAUAAACAUAAAGAAGAACAACAAUUGACCAUCAACGGCGAUCUUCUGCGAACAAGAACAACAACAUCAACAUCGGAGACAGCUACGUCUACGAGAACAGAACAAGAUCAUCAUCAACAACAACAACAACAGCAGCAGCAACAACAACAACAAAAAUUGAUCAACAAAAUGGAUUCAUCAACAACAGGCGAACAUCAUCCGUAUUCAUCAUCACCGGAGGAGGUCGCCAUACUUUCAUCAUCCACAUCGACAUCAUCGAUUUCAUCGCUUGGCUCAUUGACAGAUAAUUUUAAUAAUCAUAAAAAAUUAUCAUUUAAAGCAGCAGGUAAAUCGGUUAGCUUUGAAAACGACAAUGGUCAACAUCAUCGAUCGGAUCAUGUGAUGCAAAAAUCUUCUUUCUAUCUAACGCCAAAUCCGCAUCGAGAAGACUCGGGAAUUUUCGCUUCAGAUGAUACAUCAUCCACAUCUGAAUUUUCACAAUCACCAAGUCCCGAUUUAUUAGCCAGACCGUCUACUGAAAAGAUUUCUGAUGUUGAUUCGAUUAAUGAAAAUCAUCAACAACAACAAUGUAUGACGCACAACAAUCAAAACAAACAAAUGGCUGUGAAUAAUAAUAAUAAUAAUGGAAAUCAGCAACUUUCAUUGUCUCGAUCAUCAUCGGCACCAUGUGAAACUGAGGUUCCAUUGAAAACGAUUCUCGCUGAACAACAACAACAACAAGGUGAAUCGUCACUAAAAGCAAAUUCAUCAUUAUUAUCACGUGAUUCUUUCAUAACGGCACGUCGUCAUCAAAAUGUCUGCAAACUAAAAGGUUUGAUUAUUCCAGAAGCGAUUACCGAUGGACUAGAUGAAUGUGAUUCGAUUUCAACACCAGAUGAUCGAAUCGAAAUUGAUUUGCCAACAAUAAUUAGUGAAGAAAUUCUCAAGAUUGAAGAACUGGAUAGAAAUAAAUCAUUGAAAAUGAAUCAAAUGAAUAAAUCACCCAGUGAAAAUAUUCAACCAAUCGAAAUAAUACCACUAAAACCGGCAAAUGUUGGUGUGCCAAAAUAUUCACCAAUGUUCAAACGAAGAGUGUUUUCUUUGCCUGUUAAUAAUUAUCUUACGAAUGAAAAAAUGGAACAAAAUAUUGAUUCCAGAGCUGUUAAAAUUGGUCCAAAUAUACCACCGAAACCAAGACUGAAUAACAAGACGACGAAACCAGUGAAAAUGAAUUGUCCACCACCGUUGCCUCCUAAACAGAAAGAAAGAAGUGAUUUAUCGGAUUCUUUUCCAGUUCAAAACAUUGAAUCUGAACAUGAGAAUAAAAACGAACAAAAUCGAGAUGAACCUAAACAAAAGAAUAUGAAUGAAUUUGUCAUUUAUCAGAAACAACAUUCAAUGAGAGCUAUUAUAUUUCAUUUAAAUGAUUUGAAUCUUAAUGAUGAAAAAGAAUAUCUACAACAUCUUGGAUUCACAAUUAAAGGUGGAUUCGAUUCUGAUUCGGACAAUGUUACGGUGGAAAGUAUUGAUCCGAAUGGUAUGGCUGCUCAAGAUGGCCGCCUUCAAAAAGGUGAUAGAAUCAUUUCGAUUAAUGGUAAACGUUUGGCUGGAAUGACUCACAAUAAAAUCAUUGAUCUGCUCAAGACUUCUUGUUUGAGUGAAAAAGUUGUUCUUGUUUGUACCAGACCACAUGAAUCAAAUAAAAAUGAAAUGAAUGAUGAUCAUUCUUCUUUGCCAUCAUUGCGAUCAUAUCAUGGUGAAAGUAUUGAAACAUCAAAAUCAUCUACAACAAUAGAAUCAUCAUCAAAUAAAGAUGCUAAUAACAACAACAAUUUCAAAAUGAUUCAAGCUGAUAUCACAAAAGACGUAACUGGUCUUGGAUUUAUGAUUGAAGGUGGUAAAAAUUCAUCAUUUGGUGAUCUUCCAAUAUCGAUUAAACGAAUCUAUAGAGGUGGAGCAAUCGAUAAAGAAGGUACACUUAUGGAAGGUGAUGAAUUAUUAUUUGUUAAUAAUCAUCCAAUGGAAAAAAUGACAAAAUCUGAUGCUUGGAAUUUUCUAAAACAAUUACCUGAUGGUUUAGUAUCGAUGGUUGUUAGACGAAAAAUGUUUCUAUGAUGAUCCAUCAUCAUCAUCAUCAUCACCAAUUAAUAAUUGAAUCAAACUGUGAUAAUUUUACAAAUGAAAUCAAAUUGC